AUGAGAAAUCUUAGAUCAAAUUCAAAUCGUAAAGUAAAAGACCAGCAAGAUAUUGAAUCUUUAUUUGAUCUUCAUGAAAAGACGCAUGAUCAAACCAUGGCUAUGUUUCAAAAACAAGAAAGAACUAUAAACCAAAUGCAAACACAAGUUAAACAAAUUAAAUCUAUAACUGAAAAAUUGGAAAGUAUUAUAGAAGGGAAGAAAAAGUCCGAGUGGUGGGAGCAAUUUGUGGAAUAUGGAGUUAAAGAAAUAAUAAAUGACUGCCUAUAUCCAAAGGAAGAAACACUUUCAUUGCAUAUUAAAAAACAUUUAGCAGUAAUGGCUCCUGAAAAAAUGCAAAAAUAUGAAUAACUGACUAAAUGGAAUGUCUUGUGGCGAAGAAUUGAAGAAAAGGUUGGUUCAUAUUGUUAUUCAUAUUGCGGAAGCUUAUUUGGAACAAUACGUUGGCAUAUGUGGUCAUGUUUAAAAGGUCAAUUAGAGAAAGUAGAUACAUCAUCAGCAGUUAUAUUU